AUGGCACCAUUCCAGAGCAGCUGGGCAUCUGUUUUCCUUGGAAUAUAUAUGCUGAAAAGGAACAAACUCUCCGGUGGACAGCCUUCUGAGAUUUGGCAACAUAAGAUGCGUCAGCCAUGGCUGGAACGAUCAUCAUUGGCACCAUUGCUUACCUCGGAGUUUGGUCAGAUAAGGUAUCUUUCGCUACAUCGUGCCAACUUCCGGGACUGUGCUAUUGGAGGUGUGUGA